CCUCUCAUAACUUCUCAUACCCUCUCCAGUUCACGCCACCUUCUCUCAAAGCGUGACCAUUCAAAAACAUCAUAAAAUAAAAAAAACAUUCAAACACAACAAAAUCAUUCUGCAACAAACAAACAAACACAAACACAAUGUCUCUCUCUUCAACAUCUUCCACCUCUCUCAUUCCCACCAAAUCAUUACUCCAACCCACCAAACCAAACCCACCUUCAUUCCCCAUCGGGCUCAAACCCAUGCCCAAACCCAAACCCGGUUCAAUCCUCGCCGUUCACGCCGCUGAACCAGCAAAAAACCCGGUCCUCACCGAAAAGCCGAGCAAGCCUCAACCAACCACCAUCCCCCGCAAUGCAUCCACCAAAUGGACCAUUGACAGCUGGAAAUCCAAGAAGGCUCUUCAACUUCCUGAAUACCCGAGUCAGGAAGACCUUGAAGCGGUUCUCAAGACACUCGAUGCUUUCCCACCGAUUGUGUUUGCUGGUGAAGCUAGAACUUUGGAGGAGCAUUUGGGUGAAGCUGCUAUGGGAAACGCGUUUCUUCUUCAAGGUGGUGAUUGUGCUGAGAGCUUUAAGGAGUUUAAUGCUAAUAAUAUUCGUGAUACUUUCAGGAUUAUUCUUCAGAUGAGUGUUGUUAUGAUGUUUGGUGGUCAAAUGCCGGUUAUUAAGGUGGGGAGAAUGGCGGGUCAAUUUGCGAAGCCAAGAUCGGAUAAUUUUGAGGAGAAGAAUGGUGUGAAGCUUCCUAGUUACAGAGGGGAUAACAUCAACGGUGAUGCAUUUGAUGAGAAAUCCAGGACACCGGAUCCUCAGAGGAUGAUCCGUGCUUAUUGUCAAGCUGCAGCUACUCUGAAUCUUCUCAGAGCUUUUGCUACUGGUGGUUAUGCUGCUAUGCAGAGGGUUACUCAGUGGAACUUGGAUUUCACUGAACAAAGUGAGCAAGGAGACAGGUACCGUGAGCUUGCUAACCGAGUUGACGAGGCCCUUGGAUUCAUGGCUGCUGCUGGUCUCACUGUUGACCAUCCAAUAAUGAGAACAACUGAUUUCUGGACUUCACAUGAAUGCUUGUUAUUGCCAUACGAACAAUCACUUACUAGGUUGGAUUCAACUUCUGGUCUCUAUUAUGACUGCUCGGCCCAUAUGAUUUGGGUCGGUGAGAGGACCCGACAGCUAGAUGGUGCCCAUGUGGAAUUUCUAAGAGGAGUUGCUAAUCCCUUGGGAAUCAAGGUAAGUGACAAGAUGGAUCCAAAUGAGCUUGUUAAACUCAUUGAGAUCUUGAAUCCUCAAAACAAACCAGGGAGAAUAACUAUAAUCACUAGAAUGGGAGCUGAAAAUAUGAGGGUGAAGCUUCCACAUCUUAUCAGGGCAGUGCGUAGAGCAGGACAAAUUGUCACAUGGGUCAGCGAUCCUAUGCAUGGAAACACCAUAAAGGCUCCAUGUGGUCUCAAAACUCGCCCCUUCGAUGCCAUCAGGGCUGAAGUGAGAGCAUUCUUUGAUGUUCACGAACAAGAAGGAAGCCACCCAGGAGGAGUUCAUCUCGAGAUGACAGGUCAAAAUGUGACCGAGUGCAUCGGUGGGUCAAAGAUAGUCACAUUUGACGAUCUUAGCUCACGCUACCACACACACUGCGAUCCUAGACUUAAUGCUUCACAAUCUCUCGAGCUUGCUUUCAUCAUUGCUGAAAGGCUAAGAAAGAGUAGAAUCAGAUCACAGCCUCCUCUUGAAUCUACUGGAUUUUGAAAAAGGAUUUGAAGAAAAACUCAACACAAUACCUUUGUUCUUUUUCUUAUAUAUUUAAUGGUUGUUGUUUACACACUGAUGUGGUGGACCUGAAACUGUUAGCUAGUUAGCUUUAUGUUGUUGUGUAUUGUGCUUGUAUUGUAUACUGCCUAGCAAUGCUUUUGAACUUGGGAAGGACUAAGAGUGCUUUAUUAUUAAUAAAGGAAGCUAAAAAGUUUCUAUUGCAUUUGGCAAAUUGAGUCUUUGAUAA